GUGUCAGCGAGCACUCAACUCCUUCCUCUGGUGAAGUGGGUUUAGUUGGACUUAAAGGAAGGAAAAAAAUGUCUGCACUUCUGAGAAGCAUCUUCGAUAUCACUGAAAUUUUCAAUCAAUAUGCCACACAUGAUUGUGAUGGGGCAGCACUAAGCAAGAAAGACCUGAAGAACCUUCUUGAAAGAGAAUUUGGAGAUGUACUUCGGAGACCACAUGACCCUGAGACGGUAGAUCUGAUCCUGGAACUUCUGGAUCGCGACUGUAACGGGCUUGUCGAUUUCAACGAAUUCCUCCUGUUCAUUUUCAAGGUGGCUCAAGCUUGUUAUUACGCUCUCGGCCAGGCGUCGGGGCUAGAUGAGAAGGGAACCAAGUGUGAGGGGAAGGGGUACCCGUUACAAGAUCGCAGGCAAGAAGACCAAAGGAGAUUCGAGCCCCGGGAGAGAAAACUGGAAGAAGAACGCAGGCAGAAGAGGCAGGAACAGGAGAGGGAGCUCGCUGAGGAAAAAGAGCGGAGGGAGAAGCAAGAGAGACGUGAGCAGCGACUGCAAAGGCGAGAACAGGAAGAGCGUCUUGAGGAGGAAGAGCAGCUGAAGAGGCGCAAGGGUCGGGAGCCUGAAGAGUUUCCUGAUCAAGAGCAAAGGCGAGAGAGGCAGGAGCAGCGGGAGCGACAGCGCCUCGAGGAGGAGCAGCGCGAACGCCAGGAAGAACAGCAGCUGCAAAGGCGGGAGCAGCAGGAGCUGAAGAGGGAGCACCGCGAGGAGGAGCAACAGGAAAGGCGGGAGCGACGAGAGCAGCGCGAGAGGGUGCUGCAGGAGGAGGAGGAGGAGCUGCUGAAACGCGAGAGGCAGGAGCAGAGGGAGCGCCGGGAAGAGGAGCAGCUACGAAAGCGAGAGCUGAAGAGAGAGGAGCCGCGCUUGGAGCAGGAGAGGCGCGAGCAGCAGCUGAGGCGCGAGCAGGAGCUGGCUGAGGAGGAGGUGGAGCAGGAAGAGGCCCGUGAGCAGGGCAAGAGCCGCACCCCGAGGGGGCAGUGGCAACUAGAAAGCGAGGCCGACGCCCGUCAAAGCAAAGUCUACUCCAGGCCCCGCAGGCAGGAGGAGCAGAGGCGCCGCCAGGAGCUGUCGGCCAGGCCCCUGUGGCGGGAGCAGCGGGAGGAGCAGCUAAGGGCAGAGGAGCGCCGGCAGCGGGAACAACUGCUCCGUGAGGAGGAGGAGGAGCAGGAGCAGCGCCGCCAGAGACGCGAGAGGGAGCAGGAACAGCAGUUCCGCGAGGAACGGAGCCUCCAUGAGGAGCAGGAGAGGAAGCGACGCCAGGAGGAGCAGCGCCGCGACCAAAAAUGGAAGUGGCAACUAGAGGAGGAAAGCCAGAGACGCCGGCACACGUUGUACGCCAAGCCAGUUCAACGGGAGCAGCUGAGGGAGGAAGAGCAGCUGCAGCGCGAGGAGGAGCUGCUGCAGAGGGAGAAGAGGCGCCAGGAGCGGGAGAGACAAUAUCUGGAAGAGGAGGAGCAGCUGCAGCGCGAGGAGGAGCAGCUGCAGAGGGAGAAGAGGCGCCAGGAGCGGGAGAGACAAUAUCUGGAAGAGGAGGAGCAGCUGCAGAGGGAGAAGAGGCGCCAACAGCGCGACAGGCAGUAUCUGGAGGAGGAGGAGGAGCUGCAGCGCCUGGACAGGAAGCGGCAAUUCCGUGAUGAGGAUCAGCGCCGAGAUCUGAAAUGGCAGUGGCAACCAGAAAAAGAAAAUGAGGUUCGUAAUAACAGAGUUUACUCCAAACGCAGAGAGAAUGAAGAAAAGAUCCGGCAACUGGAAGAUGCCCAGGUGCGGGAGAGACGAUUCCUUCAGGAUGAACAGGAAGAGGAGAGAGCAAGAGAGCAAGAGAGGAGGAGCUGGCAGCAGCGCGACAGACAAUUCCCAGCCAAAGAACUCCUGGAGCGAGAAGAGCAAAAGGAAGCCAGAAGGCGCGACAGGAAGUUCCGAGAGGAAGAGCAGCUCCUGCAGGAAAGGGAAGAAGAGCAGCUGCGCCGCCAGGAGAUCGAACAACAGCUUCGCCAGGAGCGCGACAGAAAGUUCCGUGAGGAGAAGGAGCUCCUGCAGGAAAAGGAAGAGCAGCUGCGCCGCCAAGAGCGCGACAGAAAGUUGCGUGAGGAGGAACAGCAGCUGUGUCGCCAGGCGCGCGAACAACAGCUUCGCCAGGCGCGCGACAGAAAGUUCCGCGAGGAGGAACAGCGGCUGCGCCGCCAGGAACUAGAUGGAGCCUUCUCCCAGGAGGAACAACUGAGGCGCGCAGAGCAAGAGGAAGAAGAGAGACGCCGGUGGCAGAAGGACAGGAAGUUCCUCGAGGAAGAGCAGAGCCUCCCACAGGAGCGAGAGGAAGAAAAGCGACGGCGCCAGGAGCAGGACAGGAAGUUCCGCGAGGAAGAGCAGCUGCGGCGCGAGGAGCAGGAAGAGCUGAGACGCCGGCAGGAGCGGGAGCAGCAGUUCCGGGCGGAGCCGCAGUUUGCCGGCGAGGAGAAGUGGCGUCGUCAGGAACAAGAACUGCGGCAAGAAGAGCAGAGGCGCCGGCAGGAGCGGGAGAGGAAAUUCCGGCAAGAAGAACAGCUCCGCCGCCAGCAGGAGGAGGAGCAGAGGCGCCGCCAAGAGCGCGAAGCGCAGCAGAGCCGCGGCCAGGUCUGGGAGGCAGACAAGGCUCGUCGGCAGGUUCUGGAGCCCGGCAAGCGUCAGUUUGCCAGCGUCCCGGUGCGCUCCAGCCCCCUCUACGAGUACAUCCAGGAGCAGAGAUCGCAGUACCGCCCUUAGAUGCCGCCGAUACCCCGACACCUGCCAAAGCUGCUAGCAAAGGAAAGUGAGAAACGCUGAGUACCGAAUGCCUCAGAUGUUUCUGGUUGUGGGAAAGCUCUCCGUUAGAAUGUCUUUUUUUCCAAAAUCUUCAACUACACUGAUGUCAUCAUGUACUUUCUAUUCCUGUCUUUUAUUCUUCCUCAAGUAGUUCUUUACUGCAGGAUGUCUUUGCUCUUUGGUGCAGAUGUGGUGUGCAUUUUGAAAAACAUAUAAAUCACUUAAUUUGUUUAAGUAGUUUUGUUUGGGGAACAUGUUGAUUUUUUGCUUUCAAAAGCGACAAGAAUAAUAUGACGAUUUGAGAUUCAAACGAAUUGGGCAUUUUUUUUUCAAUGGUUGAUCCAUCUUGUGGGAGUUGAGAUUUUUUAAUGUUCAAGUUGGUAUUUCUUCUUGGGCCUAAAUGACCUUAAUAUUUACCUCUAAAUAGCCUCUCAUCUUUUGUGGCAUAAUUAUUACAGAUUCUGGAGAGGACCGAAUUUUUACAACAACACUUGAACAGUCCCAGGGGAGUGACUUCUACAGAAAAACUCCCUGUGAAAUCAGCCCAUAACUGGAAGAAAUAUCUGUCAAGAAUAAAGUUUAGCUUGAAGACUUAGAAGCUGAAUCAAGAUUUUUUUUACACUUAUUUCCGUAAACACAAAAUCUCAUGAAGCAAAAGCAAGAUGUUUCUCAAACAACUCCAGAGCUCAAAUUUUAAAACUGUGUCUGCUGUAGUCUGUAGUGCUCAGUUCUCUCCCCCUAAUCUUUGAUGAGUUUGAGAAUAUUGCCUUUGUUAAUUUGAGCUGAGAGGGAACCUGCUCAGGAUCCUGUAAACAUCUAUCUUGCUCUAGGGCCAAUAAGAGAUCACAGAGAGCAUUCUGGGGGAGGGAAGGGAAAAAUCUGUGAACAGCGGGGCAAGUUCCUAGAGGCCCUUUGACAAGACCCAUCAGCCCACAAUCCUUUGAGGCCUAUUGAUACUACCUUGGAGACAUUCUUGUUAAAAUAAUUUGACUGUAUAAAAAAUUAAUAAUAAAUGUUUGGCAAACAAA